AAGAGUUCUGACCUGGAUGGGGUAAACCUCAGUGCACUGCCUUUCUUUUGCCUCAGUAUUACUGGAUUGAAGAAUUGCUGCUUCUUGUUAGGAGGUUCAUUUCAUUUCCCAUUGCUCUCAACUUCAUACUUAAAGCACUGAGAAUUUCAAGUGGAGUAUAGUGAAGGAGACUUCAGUUUCUUUUACAUCACUUCUGUAUUCAAAUUUUUAAAUCCUUUCAUAACCUUAUUGAGUGUUUUUUAACUAAAUUGACAUGGCUCGAAUGAACCGCCCAGCUCCUGUGGAAAUCACCUACAAGAACAUGAGGUUCCUUAUAACACACAAUCCAACCAAUGCAACCUUAAACAAAUUUAUAGAGGAACUCAAGAAGUAUGGAGUUACCACAAUUGUAAGAGUAUGUGAAGCUACUUACGACACAACCCUUGUGGAGAAAGAAGGCAUCCAGGUUCUGGAUUGGCCUUUUGAUGACGGAGCACCACCAUCCAACCAGAUUGUUGAUGACUGGCUAAACCUAGUGAAAACUAAAUAUCGUGAAGAACCUGGUUGUUGCAUUGCUGUUCACUGCGUUGCAGGUCUUGGGAGAGCUCCAGUGCUAGUUGCCCUUGCACUGAUCGAAGGAGGAAUGAAGUAUGAAGAUGCAGUGCAAUUCAUAAGACAAAAACGUCGUGGAGCCUUUAACAGCAAGCAACUUCUUUACUUGGAGAAGUAUCGUCCUAAAAUGCGGCUGCGCUUCAAAGACUCAAAUGGUCACAGAAACACCUGUUGCAUUCAGUAAAGCUGAGCUGCCUAUAUUAUUGCCUUGGAAGCAGAAAUUAGAGACAGGAUGUGGGGCAAAUUACAUACAUAACUAGCCAACGUAUAGGCUUGAUGAAUAAGUCUAACGAAGCUUCCAUAGGAAUAUUUUAAAACAAUUUUAUAGGUUAAAAGCUUGGCAGAAAUGCAGCUUAUCUCUUUGGGUUACUAACAACCUGUUCGGACACUUAGUAAAAGAUUCUUGCUGUUCAGCCUUUGGAACUUCUUGUUUAUCAUUUGUAUCAAUUGAACUUUCCUGAAAUCAUGAAGUAUUGAGUUACAAAUCUUAUUCAAAUCUAUUUCCCAAUACCAGAGUCUUAUCAGCAAAUAUGAAAUUUAGAGAGAUUAGGUGCCAAAAUACCCAGCACAAUGCUUACAUAUUUUCAAUAUCAUACAGAGUUAACAUCCUGGGAACUACAGACAGUAACCUGAACCCUAUGUGGUUCUUAUUCCUUCAAUCAUUUCAAUAUUGAAGAUAGGGCCUAUAUGGUAAUUGCCUGCUCACUGUAUGUUUACAUCUCCCACAGUCGCACUAGAAUAUCAGGAUUUGCACAACCAUUCAUUUUGUUGGAUUUUACUAAGUCUUAUGGUGAUACUUUAAUGUCUUUCUGUAAACCUUUGUCUCAUUUUGUGCUGUUAUCAAGACCUGCAUUUUGAAAAAAGAUCAUAAUCCUCUGGUUGAAAAUCCAUUUAAAAAUCUACACAUUGUACAGAAGCACACAGUCUUUAAUGUCUCCAGACAAUAAGCCUUACAGUUAAUUUAAUGUUCGCACUAAUGGGGUGCAACUUGACAGGGAGGGCCUAAAAAGGAUGGGAGGGGGCUAAUAAAUAUUUCUAGUAAAAUGUUGCCUUUGUCUUGUGCAGGAAGUAUAGAAUAUGCCCUUUACUUUAGUAAAUAUUUUUUAAAAAGGUAGAGAUGCUUUGUUAUUGUAGCUAAAGCAAUUCUUAAUCAUAAAAUUUCUGAGAAUCUUGUAAUUUCUUUUACUGUACCUAUUGAAAGUUGUUUACCAACUAUUGCUUUUGUUGAAAGUGAUUUUUUUCCUCCUCUUUCCCCUCAUUCUUCUCUCUCCCCUUCCCUGGGGAAAAAAAAAUUGGGUUCCUGCUAUGAAUUGAGCAGACCUCUAAUAUUUUGUAUGCCUUUUGAGCUUGUGUAACUUAAUAUUUGGAUACUUGAUAAUUUGUUUUAUUAUGUAAUUGAUAAAAUGGUGAUGUGUAUUAAUGUUAGUUCAACCAUAUAUUUAUACUGUCUUGGGAAUGUGUGGUUAUAGUUCUGUGGGAGAAAUAAUUUUCCAGUGUUCACCAGCUUGUAAAAACCUAGUGCGAGAGCUUAAACAUCUAAAUAAAUAAGUACUGAAAUGCA